GCGUUUCAUUGAACACCACAAGAGAGAGAGAGAGAGACGAAGAAACGGAACGAGGAGAGGCUAGAGACGAGGACCACAGUUGGUAAGAAUCAUGGCCCGUACCUUCGCUCUCGUGGCAUGCCUUGUGGCGCUUAUCGCACAGGCCUCGUCCUUCAUGAUCGGGCCGGGGGGCGGGGCAGCCGCAACCAUCAGAGCACAACGCCAGGGAGCUGCCGUAUCGGGCUUCACAGGGUGCAACCCGGUGUGCCAGCGCGACGCGACGACGGACCGCAGCGCUUUGCGAAUGAUGCGCCACAGGAAGGGCUUCAAGAAGCUCAACCUGCCGGCGGACCAGCGUAAGGCGCUUUUGCGGGGGCUCACGACGCAGAUCAUCCGCCACGGUCGCAUCACGACCACAAUGGUGAGGGCCAAGGCUGUUCGCAAGCACGUCGACCACAUGAUCACCCUCAGCAAGAACGGGUCUCUCCACGCUCGCCGCCAGGCAAUGGGAUACAUCUACGACAAGCAGCUCGUGCACGCCCUGUUCGAGUCAGGAGCGGAGCGUUACGGGGAACGCCCCGGAGGGUACACCCGAAUCAUCCGCACAACGCCAAGGAAGGGAGACAACGCCAAGAUGGCCAUCAUCGAGCUCGUAUAAGACUCGUUAGAUUUUGCCCUUUGAUUGUUUGCAGCACGUGGCACCUCGUGCUUGCGCUUUUUUGCGAUUGCUAGUUUUAGCUGGGCAUACAUGGACGGCGGAACGGGGAGAGAUGAACGCCUGCAGUCAGUGUCGAGGAGUUGAUCUGGUUUGCAAGGGAGCGUGACUCUGUCAUGCUUGACGAUUGUGGGGAUGGGUGACAACCAGACAUGCCCACCAAAGGCGUUCUCGUGUACUGAUGAUGGCGCGCACAUCGUCUCAAGUAAUUUCCUUAGUGGUUGCAACCACCGCACGGAAAAAUCACGGCGAGGUGGGGUCGAGAUAUUAAAUUUCGGCGAGGGAAGCAGCCGCCCGUCGAGUACUAUUCCUGAUGCAGUUGGGUAUGACAUGGGUGACACCGCCCUGUAGAUGUUGGAGGAAGGAGGAGCCCUCGGUGUGUUGCACGAUCAUUUCCUUGACGUGGUUGAGAGCAGUGUUGGCAACCUAAUACCAGAAUUUUGUGGUUAUAUUUGCGAUACUUGGGAGGCUACACAGUAAACAACAAUCAUGAAGGCGAAGACAAAUCUCG